AUGGAGAUUGCCAAGUCAGAGCCCUUGUACGCUGUGCCGCCGGGCAACCCGAACGAGGAGAUGUGGGAUCUCACGGAGACUGGCUUCCACGAGACAAAAGAUGACGCCGAGAUGGAUGGUCAAGCAGAGACCAGAGUUGGCAAAAAGCUAUCGAACAUGACCUCUCGGAGAGUCAUCGUGCUGACCCUCAUUAUGCUUUUCUGCUCCAGCUUCUUCAAUGCCGAGAGCUGGGGCCAGGAAUUCAAAAGCUCCGGAGCCAUCGGAGCUGAUCUUAUUUAUGAGCGCUUUCGGUCCUGGUGCCCGACUUCCACCCCUGGCGUGCCAUGGUGUUUGCAAGCGCAACCAGAAGAGAAUCCGACAGCGAGAUGGGAGCAGCGAAUGUGGUACGAACAGUACCUGGUGGAGUUCGUGCGUAGCCAUUUGAGCAGCUGGAUGGCAGCCGGUCUCUACUGGUUGGGCCUGAAGUCUGAGACGUUGUUGGCCUUCAACGGCAGUGAGACUUCGACAGAGUUCUUGGGAUCCCUUGGGCGGCUAAACCAAGCGCGCUUUCUGGGAACAGCGCUUGAGGAGGAUGAGCUCUGGCGAUGGGAUGCCUUCAACUCCUUCCACCCGCAGGGGCCCAUCCCCCAAGAGGUGAAGAAACGGCUGGCAAAUGUUUGGCGAGAGCAGUGCCUGGGCUUCUUCGGAGUGCCCGUGUCUCCCAACAGCCAGACCUACACCUUGUCGACUGCUUGCUCGGUCACGGACACGCUUCGGUGUAAUGAGGCCUUUCCCAGUUCUGGCUCCGUUCAGUGUUUAAAGAGGGGGCUGCUUGUGGAUUUGCUUUUCGCUUUUGACACCCGCCCCGUGACGCAGAGUGCCGCCGGCUUGAACAUGCUCCAAACGUGCUUCAUUUGCAUGGCCCUAGCUGCUGGGGCAAUCUCCUUCGCUCGGGAUGCACAUGCUCUGCUGCUUGGGCCCUUGGAGCGGAUCUUGGUCAAGUUGGAGGCCAUCAGGAAGAAUCCCCUGCAUGCCAUGAAGUUGGGUGACAUUGACUACAGGAUGCAGGAGAUGGAAGAAGAGGAAGAGGCCAACAGGCAGGGCUGCUGCCGCAAGAAAAAGGUGGCAAACGAUCUCGAGACGCUGGAAACCGCAAUCCUGGAAAGGACCCUGAUCAAGCUCGGCGGCCUCCUUGCACUAGGCUUUGGAGAGGCUGGCGCAGAGAUCAUCGUCCAUAAUAUGCAGGGCGGGGCCACAGCCGAGCUGAACGCCAUGGUUCCAGGCCAGGAGGUGGAGGCCGUCUUUGGCUUCUGCAGCAUCCGGAACUUCACCGAUGCUACGGACGUCCUAAAGGAAAAGGUGAUGGUCUUUGUCAACCAGGUCAGUGAGAUCGUGCACGGCAUCUGUGACACCUACCAUGGUUCGCCCAACAAGAUCAUUGGCGGCAACUCCUUCUUGGUCGUUUGGCGCUUGCGUGGCAAGGACGUUGAGGUCAGGUCCAAGAUUGCCGACAUGGCCGUGAUGUCUUUUGUGUGCAUCACCAUUGAGGUGCAGAAGUCCAACAUACUCUCCGCAUAUCGAACCCAUCCGGGUCUGCAGCAACGCUUCCCGAACUUCCGGGUCACGCUGGGCUUCGGCUUGCAUUGCGGCUGGGCCAUUGAGGGUGCCAUCGGCAGCGAGUACAAGAUCGAUGCAUCCUAUUUGUCUCCAAAUGUGAACGUGGCCUCCCAGCUGGAAGCAGCGUCCACACAGCUUCAGCUUUGGAUCCUGAUGUCCAGCUUCAUGGUCAAGCUAUGUAGCAAGGAGCUGAUCGAGUAUCUGCGCAUGGUGGAUCAUGUCAUGCUGGAAGGUUCCAAGAAGUGCCUGCGGCUCUACACCCUUGACCUGGACCAUACACGGAUCCAUGUGAAGCCGAAGCUUCGGGGGAAAAAGAAGGCCAUGAGUCUGCUUCGGGCUGAAGUUCUGGGAUCUUAG